CUGACGUGUCAUGCUCUUCACCCGCUAAGCACCGACUCCAAUUGCUGCGACAGAGUUUGGAGGAGCCGCCAUGUCCGUUGAGAGCUCUAUCGACGUCCCGAGCAGCAGGAUUCACCAGGUGCAGGGCCAAAUCGUGAAGAGGACAGCGCUGAAAACUCUUGUUCAGCAGCUACAUUCCAGCGGGGUGGCAAGCCUAACCAGGUGCAUCCUCACUCCCGCCAGAGUGAGGCUGCAAGUUUUGGUCGCGGAAACCGAGCCUCGACUCGGACUCUCUGGUGCUCUUGGGAGACCGGUGCCGGGAGUGAAGACGACGAAGCUCACAGGCGCGUUCCGGUUUAGGAUGUCGGCGGCGCCUGGAUACAACGCAAGACGACGCCGCAGCUCCGCAAGUGGCACAACUACCGAGUACGAGCUUGUCGUGCAGAUGAGGUGUGGAAGAAAUGAGGUGGGCGCAGUCUCGGUGCAAGCACGUCGCAGGGCUUCACUACCCUGAAGACCGGAUGCCCACGUGGAAGCCUGGAUGAGGGUGUGCUUUUUAAGCAUUCGACCACCUUCGACCGAACGCCGAGUUAAAGCCGACUGCCGAGGUGGAGUUUCGGCUGGGAUACGAAUCACAUUCGGCCGAAAGCGCCUUUAUACGAAUGCGCUAUUAUUGGAAACAUGUUUUUAUUGUAAUUUCUAAGUGACGUAA